AUGAUCAGUUUGUGUAUUCAGAUACCCAAAUGCUUUAAAACUCUCCAAAAGUAUAAAAUAUGUAAUCAACAAAAAAGUUUUUCUUUCGAAGAGCAACUUGAUAAUAUCGAUGAACGUAUGGACAGAAUUAAUGAAGAUAUGCGUGCUGCUGAAAAAAACUUAGAAGGUCUAGAAAGAUGUUGUGGUCUUUGUGUGUUGCCGUGGAAAAGAUCGAAAAAUAUUGAGAAAAGUGCUGCUUAUAGUGCAACGUGGCAAUCGAAUGAUGAUGGUAAAGUUAACAGUUCAGGACCACGACAAAUUGUUAAUCAAAAUGACACAGGACCAACAAGCGGUUAUAUAACACGCAUAACAAACGAUGCAAGAGAAGACGAAAUGGAAGGAAAUCUUCAACAAGUUACUACAAUGAUAGGCAAUUUGAGAAAUAUGGCUGUUGAUAUGGGUAAUGAAGUGUCAAAUCAAAAUAAUCAAGCAGAAAGGAUUCUUAAGAAGAAAUUUUGUAAUGAAACUCCUGGAACUAAUGAAAUUAAAGAAGAACAUUUAAAAACAUUCAAAGAUCAACAUAACAUUGGCUGGACAACAACGUUUUGUAAUGAUAGAUUGUAUAUAGAAAUUCCAUUACAUUUAGCUGAAGGCACCAAAGAAAACUUUAUAAAUAUGCUCGAAUUUGCUGAAGGUACACUCGAAUGCAAAUAUGUAUUUAUUUAUUUCGAAAAGAAUCGGGAUGAUCGAGCUUCGCUAGUUCGAACGUUUAUGUUUCUUGGAUUUCAUAUACUUUCUCCGGACAAUUGUUUGGCACCAAAUUUACCGAAUUAUUUGUUUAUGAUUUAUACGAAUGACUAA